GAAACUAAUCGAGCUCCGCAUCGUUGUGCUUGGAGGCGGUAGAACCAGACACAGACAUGUUCAGGAAUCAGUAUGAUAACGAUGUGACCGUGUGGAGUCCACAGGGUCGGAUCCACCAGAUCGAAUACGCCAUGGAGGCAGUGAAGCAGGGAUCCGCCACCGUGGGGCUCAAAUCCCGAACCCACGCCGUCCUGGUGGCCCUAAAGAGAGCUCAGUCUGAACUCGCCGCUCAUCAGAAGAAGAUCCUCAAUGUUGAUACCCACAUCGGCAUCUCCAUCGCCGGACUGACCGCCGACGCCCGGCUCCUCUGUAACUUCAUGCGUCAGGAGAGUCUGGAUUCCAGGUUCGUGUUCGACCGGCCGCUGCCCGUGUCUCGUCUCGUCACCCUCAUCGGGAGCAAAACUCAGAUUCCUACACAGCGUUACGGGAGGAGACCAUACGGAGUCGGACUUCUGAUCGCAGGAUACGACGACAUGGGUCCUCACAUCUUCCAGACCUGCCCCUCCGCCAACUACUUCGACUGUAAGGCCAUGUCCAUCGGGGCGCGCUCACAGUCCGCCCGCACCUACCUGGAGAGGAAGAUGGACCAGUUCCCCGACUGUAACCUGAACGAGCUGGUGAAGCACGGCCUGUGUGCUCUCAGAGAGACCCUACCUGCAGAACAAGAUCUCACCACCAAGAACGUCUCCAUCGGGAUCGUGGGGAAGGACAUGGAGUUCACCAUCUACGACGACGACGACGUGGCUUCGUUCCUCGAGGGAUUGGAGGAGAGGCCGCAGAGAAAGGUCGCUCCAGCAGGGGACGACGCCCCCCCGGCUGCCUCUGACGAGCCGAUGGAGCACUGAGGAUCACGCCGAGGAUCACGUCUCGUCUGAUGAGCCUCAGCGCUUCUCCUGAGUGAUUUUCUGCAUCUCUGUAUCAUCUGGAAUAGUUCGGUUUUCUAUCUGUACUGAGUUCAGCUCAAUAAAACACUUUCCCAAAAAUC